CCUCUCUGACACAGUCACCUUCUUCUGUGAAGUCAGACUAACAGUUUGUAGACGUCUGAUAAAUGGCAUUGUUCAUCCCUGAUAUGGCUGGUCAUCUGUUUUUGGUCAUCCUCCUUUUCAUCACCUUCCAACACAUCGAAGCCCAAGGUCAUUAUCCAAAACCAGAUAUUACAGUCAUUUCUGAUGGGUACUUCAGCGUCUUGUGUUUGAUUCCUGGAUCCGUCAGUCCUGACAGCACCUGUAACCUGUAUGUUGGAGAGGAGAGUCAGCCAUCCUUCACAGCAAAGAUCAAGAAGAGAAAAGCCACCACAGCAGCCGGAGAGCAGUUCUGUCAAUUCACUCCAAAUCAUAGUGAUCUGAUCAGUCGUCUACAGUCAGUGAGGAGUAAGGAGGUGAGCUGUGACUACAGAGUGAGCUCAGGACCAAACUCUCUCUCUCCACGCAGUGAUGGGUACAGCUUUACAGAUCUGGUGGGAGUUUACAUUAGUGAUCCAACAACUAAACCCUUUCCAACAGCAGGUUCGACUGUUAGUUCAACUUUGACCCCAGUGAGACCAACUACCAAUAGGACCACUAAAUGUAACUUAGUUUACAGUUAAACAUUUUCUGUUCUCAUUAAUUCACUAAAAUCUCAGACCGGUUUACUAAAAUACCUAUUCAUAGCUGCUUGUAAUUUCAGUCCAGAUUUGUGUUCUUUUAGUCCAUCUGAUUUGUAGGUCAUGUGUAAUAUACUUCUCUUUUUCUGCUUAAUUAAUGACUUUCUUGUGUAAUAUGAGUUCUCUUCU